UUCCUUCCCUUCCCAUACGCGUUUACCCCCAGCGAGCUGAGGCGCGCCAUCUCCAUGGUCCAUGCUGCUACGGUGGCUAGCUAGCUUGACCGUUUGCGUGCAUGCAUGCUUGAAUUGUUGAAUAAUGCAUCUGAGCUAAGCCGUUUCUAGCUUGCUGAGAAGUUGGGAGGAAAAUAUAUGGACGCGAGCGAUCGUUUUCUUGGGUAUCUGGAACUGGAAUGAUUUUCAUUCUGCAGCCAUUGCUCACUUCGCAAGUAGUAGUAGUAGAGUAGCUGAGCUUUUUAGGGUCGUUGUCCAUGGAAGCUGGAGCAAGAUUAGCCUUCGUAAUGCCGCUCGUCGUCGUCCUCUUGCUGAUGAUCUUCUCGUUGGGCGUUCGGGGAGUGGAUGUGGUCGUCGAUGGAGGAGGAGGAGGUGCGGCGGCUGCUCGGCGGAGGAGGGUGGAGGUGGGGGUGAUCCUGGACAGGAGGACGUGGCUGGGGAACAUCAGCUGGGCGUGCAUGGAGCUCGCCGUGGAGGAUUUCUACGCCGACGAGGAGCGCGCCAGCUACACCACCGCGCUCAGGCUCCACCUCCGGGACACCCGCCUCGACGCCGUCGACGCCGCCUCCGCAGGUGUCGAUCUACUGAAAAAUGUCCAUGUGCAAGCAAUCGUUGGGCCACAGACAUCAGCACAGGCCAAAUUUCUCGCGGAGCUUGGGGAAAAAUCAUCGGUUCCUGUUGUUUCAUUCUCUGCAAAUAGCCCAUGUCGAACGGCCAGCCAAACUCCAUACUUCAUCAGGACGGCAUGGAACGACUCCUCACAAGCAGAAGCUAUCGCGUCACUUGUUCAAAGAUUCAAUUGGAGGGACGUCAUCCCUGUCAUCGAAGAUGAUGACUCCAAUACAAGAUUCAUUCCUGACCUUGUUGAUGCCCUAAGGAAUGCCGAGAUCCGUGUUACCCACAGGUGCAAGAUACACCCGUCAGCUGGAGCUGAUGACAUAAAGAAAGUCGUCUUAAGCUUAAAGGAAAAAUGGACAAGCGUAUUUGUCGUGCGCAUGUCGUAUCAGCUAGCUCUUAGUUUUUUCAAGCAUGCCAAGGAUGAAGGGAUGAUGGGCCAGGGCUUUGUCUGGAUUGCAGCUUAUGGCUUAACAGACAUCUUUGAUGUAGUUGGUUCUCCUGCAUUUGAUGUGAUGCAAGGAGUUAUUGGGAUGAAACCUUAUGUUAAUGAUACUAAACAACUUCAAAACUUCAGGCAGAGAUGGCGCAAGAUGUAUAAGUCUGAAAAUCCAGGCACCACAUUGAGUGAGCCCACAUUAUCUGGUCUCUACGCAUAUGACACUGUGUGGGCAUUAGCGUUAGCAGCAGAGAAGGCUGGAUAUGUUAACUCAGACUUUCUUCUGUCUGAAAAAAACAACGGGUCGACUGAUUUUGACAGGAUCAAUACUUCAAAUGCUGCUAAGAAGCUCCAGAGCACACUCUUGAAUAUUGAUUUCCAAGGCAUGAGUGGGAAAUUUCAGUUUCAAGACAUGCAUUUGCUAUCGAUGACUUAUGAGAUAAUAAAUAUAGUUGGGGAGGAGCAAAGAGUAGUUGGUUUUUGGACACCAGAAUUUAACAUUUCCAGGGGUCUAAAUACGAAAGCUGAUGUUAAUGAAAUCAUAUGGCCAGGAGGAGAAACAACUGUACCAAGGGGGUGGCUCUUUCCAAUGAAUAAAACACUCAAAAUAGGCGUGCCUGCAAAACCUGGGUUUUCUGGUUUUAUAAAGAAAGAAAAAUAUAAUUUCACAGGACUCUGCAUUGAGGUAUUCGAGGAAGUUCUUAAUGGAUUACCCUACAAAAUACCCCAUGACUAUGUGGAGUUUGGAAAUGGAAAGGGGGAAAGUAAUGGAACUUACGAUGAACUUAUCUACAAAGUUUAUCAGAACGACUUCGAUGCAGCAGUUGGUGAUAUAACAAUCUUGGCCAACCGAUCUUUAUAUGUGGACUUCACUCUUCCUUAUACUGAGUCAGGAGUGCGCAUGCUAGUUCCAGUCCAGGACCAGCGACAGAAGACUGCAUGGACGUUUCUGCAGCCAUUAACAGCUGACUUAUGGUUAGGAACUGCGGCCUUCUUUGUCUUAACAGGUUUUGUAGUUUGGUUUAUUGAGCACAGAACAAAUGAAGAUUUCAGAGGACCACCAGUCAAUCAAAUUGGAUCUGUCUUCUACUUCGCCUUCUCCACACUUGUUUUUGCUCAUCGGCAAAAGAUUGUGAACAAUUUAUCAAGAGUUUUGUUAGUUAUUUGGCUUUUCGUGGUGCUGAUAUUGCAGCGGAGUUAUACUGCAAGCUUGAGCUCAAUUCUCACAGUGGAACAACUUCAGCCAACAGUCACCAAUUUAGACGAAGUCAUCAGGAAAGGGGCCAACGUUGGCUACCUCAAUGAUUCUUUCAUGCCUGAGCUUUUGAAAAGGUUGAAAAUUGACGAAUCAAAGUUGAUUGCCCUUGACUCUCCUGAUGAAUACAACGAGGCUCUAUCAACUGGUAGAGUUGCUGUAGUUGUCGAUGAGAUACCAUACCUUAAGGUGUUUCUUUCAAAGUAUUGCCACAACUAUACUAUGGUUGGCCCAACUUACAAGUUCGAUGGAUUUGGUUUUGCAUUCCCUCUAGGCUCCCCGCUCACUGCUGAGAUUUCAAGGGGAAUAUUGAACUUCACAUCAAGCAACAGAAUGGCCCAACUGGAGAGAGAAUUGUACAACAAUAGAACAUGCCCUGACAAAGAUGACUCCCAAACUUCAAGCAGCCUUACACUACGCAGCUUUCUUGGGCUGUUCAUCAUCACUGGAGCAUCUUCACUGCUGGCACUGUUCCUACAUGUUGUCAUAACCCUCUAUAAUCAUCGGCAUGAUUUGAGCAGCGCCAGCAGUAGUCAGAGUUCAUGGUGUGGAUGGUUUGCCAUCCUCCUAAAGAUAUUCCACGAGGGUGAUAGACCUAAUGCUCCACAAUUGGAUGAGCCAGCAGUGUCAAAUGCUAACACUACAGCUGAUACUCCAUGGAGCACACCUGAUCAUCACAUUAUCGAAAAUGUUGAUUCAGGCAGUGAUGUGGAGAGCGUAAGAGAAGAAGAUAGAGAAGAUUUUGUUCAGGGCCCUGACCCACCAUCUUUUGCAUACAUGCAUUCAGAGAGGGGGCAAUAAUGGAUUAGUUUCUCCAUCUCUUGCAAACUUGAACACCAUCCUUCUGAAACAGAAGCACUCAACAAGAUCAAGAACGAGUACAUAACUGAUCACUGAUUCACUGUAAUUAUUGAUUCAUUUGAUUGUCAAUAUAUAUCUGCUGCCUGCAGUUUCAUCUGAAGUAGAGUACUAGCACCAACCUGUACCUAUGAUUUCUUUUCACAAAUUAGGUCGGCAAUGCCACUUGCUACACAGCUAGUGUUGGCACUGUAUGUCUGUACACAGUUGCUGGUAAUUAAACGACAAAGCUCAUGUCACCCAAA